UUGCCAACCCAUCAGGGGCUGAUGGCAAUUGUAGUCCAAAACAUCUGGAGUGCAAUGGACUGGCAAAGGCUGGGCGAAAGGAAGGGGGAUUAUGUAUGGAUGGACCUGAAGACUGGCCGGGAAUUUGAAGUUCCCAUCGGAGCAGUGGUCAAGCUAUGUGAUUCUGGGCAGAUCCAGGUGGUAGAUGAUGAAGAAAAUGAGCACUGGAUAUCUCCCCAGAAUGCGAGUCACAUCAAGCCUAUGCACCCAACCUCUAUCCAUGGGGUGGAGGACAUGAUACGCCUGGGAGACCUGAACGAGGCUGGCAUUCUGCGCAACCUGCUGAUCCGCUACCGGGAACACCUGAUCUACACGUACACAGGCUCGAUACUGGUGGCUGUGAACCCUUAUCAGCUACUUCCGAUCUACUCACCAGAACAGAUACGCCUCUACACCAACAAAAAGAUUGGGGAGAUGCCCCCCCACAUCUUUGCCAUUGCGGACAACUGCUACUUCAACAUGCAGAGGAACAACAAAGACCAGUGUUGCAUUAUAAGCGGUGAGUCGGGUGCAGGGAAGACAGAAAGCACCAAACUGAUUCUGCAGUUCCUGGCUGCGAUCAGUGGGCAGCACUCUUGGAUUGAGCAGCAAGUGCUGGAGGCCAACCCCAUCCUAGAAGCUUUUGGGAACGCAAAGACGAUUCGCAAUGACAACUCCAGCCGAUUUGGUAAAUACAUUGACAUCCAUUUCAAUAAGCGGGGUGCUAUCGAGGGAGCGAAGAUUGAGCAGUACCUGCUGGAAAAGUCUCGCGUUUGCCGACAGGCCCAGGAUGAGAGGAAUUACCACAUCUUUUACUGCAUGCUGAAAGGAAUGACCCCAGAACAGAAGAAGCUGCUGGGGCUUAGGAAAGCGGCCGACUAUAACUACCUCUCAAUGGGUAACUGCAUUACCUGUGAUGGCCGUGAUGACAGCAAAGAGUACUCAAACAUCCGAGCAGCGAUGAAAGUCCUCAUGUUCACCGACACUGAAAACUGGGAGAUCUCCAAGCUUCUGGCAGCCAUCUUGCAUAUGGGGAACUUGCAGUAUGAAGCUCGAACCUAUGACAACCUGGAUGCCUGCGAGGUUGUUCACUCUGCAUCCCUGAUCACUGCUGCUUCAUUACUAGAGGUUGACCCUCAGGAUCUGAUGAACUGCCUCACUAGCCGGACUAUUAUCACAAGGGGUGAGACAGUCUCCACCCCUCUCAGCAUGGAGCAAGCGCUAGAUGUCAGGGAUGCUUUUGUAAAGGGAAUCUACGGAAGGCUUUUUGUGUGGAUUGUAGAGAAGAUAAACGCUGCUAUUUACAGACCUCCCUCCCGUGAGCACAAAAGUGUCAGGCGAUCCAUUGGGCUCCUUGAUAUCUUUGGGUUUGAGAACUUCACUGUAAACAGUUUUGAACAGCUCUGCAUCAACUUUGCAAACGAGAACCUCCAGCAGUUCUUUGUUCGCCACGUCUUCAAGCUUGAGCAGGAGGAAUACAACUUGGAGAAUAUUAACUGGCAGCACAUUGAGUUCACUGACAACCAGGAUGCGCUGGAUAUGAUUGCCAUCAAGCCAAUGAACAUCAUCUCUCUCAUUGACGAGGAGAGCAAGUUUCCCAAGGGAACAGACGCCACGAUGUUGAAUAAGCUGAACUCCCAGCAUAAGCUUAAUACCAAUUACAUCCCACCCAAAAACAACUACGACACCCAGUUUGGCAUCAACCACUUUGCUGGAGUUGUGUACUAUGAAACACAAGGAUUUCUGGAGAAAAACAGGGACACGCUCCAUGGAGACAUCAUCCAAUUGGUGCAUUCCUCGAGGAACAAAUUCAUCAAGCAGAUCUUCCAGGCCGAUGUAGCCAUGGGGGCAGAGACUAGGAAGCGCUCCCCAACUCUCAGCAGCCAGUUCAAGCGCUCUCUGGAGCUGUUGAUGAGGACCCUCAGCGUCUGCCAGCCUUUCUUCGUCCGUUGCAUCAAGCCCAACGAAUACAAGAAGUCCAUGUUGUUUGACCGGGAACUCUGUGUUCGCCAGCUGAGGUAUUCUGGCAUGAUGGAAACCAUCCGGAUCCGCAGGGCUGGCUACCCCAUCCGCUACACUUUUGUGGAGUUUGUGGAUCGGUACCGAGUACUCAUGCCGGGGGUGAAGCCAGCAUACAAACAGGGAGACUUACACGGAACUUGCCAGCGCAUCGCUGAAGCGGUAUUGGGCAAAGACGACGACUGGCAGAUUGGCAAGACAAAGAUUUUCCUGAAGGACCACCAUGAUAUGCUGCUGGAGAUAGAGAGAGACAAGGCCAUCACCGACAAGGUCAUCCUUAUCCAGAAAGUGGUUCGUGGAUUCAAAGACAGGUCUAAUUUCCUGAAAGUGAGGAAUGCCGCUCUGAUGAUUCAACGGAACUGGAGGGGGCAUAACUGUCGAAGAAACUACGGUGCUAUGAGGAUUGGCUUCCUGAGGCUCCAGGCGCUCUACCGUUCCCGCAAGCUCCACAAGCAGUACCGCAUGGCUCGCAGGCGCAUCAUUGAGUUCCAAGCGAAGUGCCGGGGCUUCUUGGUGCGCCAAGCCUUCCGCCAUCGCCUUUGGGCAGUCUUCACCAUCCAAGCAUAUGCCAGGGGUAUGAUUGCUCGUCGCCUCUAUAAGCGCUUGAAGGGAGAGUACUACCGCCGUUUGGAAGCAGAAAAACUACGGCUCUUGGAAGAGGAACGACUAAGGAAGGAGAUGAGUGCCAAGAAAGCAAAAGAGGAAGCAGAAAAGAAACAUCAGGUGCGCCUAGCCCAGCUGGCUCGGGAAGAUGCAGAAAGGGAAGUGAAGGAGAAAGAAGAAGCUCGCCGCAAGAAGGAGCUCUUGCAGAAAAUGGAGAAGGCCCGAAAUGAGCCUGUGAAUGACUCCGAAAUGGUGGACAAAAUGUUUGGCUUCCUGGGAACGACGACAUCUUUGCCCGGCCAAGAAGGGCAGGCCCCUAGCGGCUUUGAGGAUCUCGAAAGGGCUCAAAAGGAAUUGGAGGAAGAUGACCUUGAUACAGCCUUACCCUUGCCUGAGGAAGAGGAGGAGGAUCUCUCGGAGUACAAAUUUGCAAAGUUUGCUGCCACAUACUUCCAAGGCACAACCACACACACGUAUAUACGCCGGCCACUCAAACAGCCGCUUCUGUUCCACGAUGACGAGGGAGACCAGCUGGCAGCCCUUGCUGUGUGGAUUACUAUCCUCCGCUUCAUGGGGGACCUUCCUGAGCCUAAAUAUCACACCGCAAUGAGUGAUGGCAGUGAGAAAAUCCCAGUGAUGACCAAAAUUUAUGAGACUCUGGGGAAGAAGACAUACAAAAAAGAACUUCAGGCCCUGCAAGGUGAAGCAGAGAGCGCUCACAUAGAUGGCCACAAAAAGAACAGUGUGCGGCACAAACUGGUCUCCUUGACCCUCAAGAAGAAAUCCAAGUUAACUGAAGAGGUGACCAAGCGUCUUCAUGAUGGUGAGUCCACUGUCCAAGGCAACAGCAUGCUAGAGGACCGGCCUACCUCAAAUUUGGAAAAGCUCCAUUUCAUUAUUGGGAAUGGUAUCCUCAGGCCAGCAUUAAGGGAUGAAAUUUAUUGCCAGAUCUCCAAACAGCUGACCCAAAACCCUUCCAAGAGCAGCCAUGCCCGAGGUUGGAUCCUCAUGUCCUUAUGUGUGGGAUGCUUUGCCCCUUCAGAAAAGUUUGUCAAGUAUUUAAGGAACUUCAUCAGUGGAGGGCCCCCAGGUUACGCCCCUUACUGCGAAGAGAGGCUCAGGAGGACCUUUGCCAAUGGGACCAGGACUCAGCCACCAAGCUGGCUGGAACUUCAGGCAACCAAAUCUAAGAAACCCAUUAUGUUGCCCGUUACUUUCAUGGAUGGGACAACAAAGACCCUGCUGACAGACUCAGCAACAACAGCCAAAGAGCUCUGUAACUCGUUGGCUGACAAGAUAAGCCUGAAGGACCACUUUGGAUUCUCGCUUUACAUUGCUCUGUUCGACAAGGUCUCUUCUCUUGGAAGUGGCAGCGACCACGUGAUGGAUGCCGUAUCUCAAUGUGAGCAGUAUGCCAAAGAACAGGGAGCCCAGGAACGUAACGCCCCCUGGAGGCUUUUCUUCAGGAAGGAGAUCUUCAUGCCCUGGCACAACCCGAACGAGGACAGCGUUGCAACAAACCUCAUCUAUCAACAGAUAGUGAGAGGGGUGAAGUUUGGGGAAUACCGGUGCGAUAAGGAAGAAGACCUGGCAGAGCUGGCUUCCCAGCAAUACUAUGUGGAUUAUGGGUCUGAAAUUGUCUUGGAGCGGCUUCUGAACCUGAUCCCCUCCUAUAUCCCCGACAGAGAGAUCACCCCUUCGAAGACCAUCGAGAAAUGGGCUCAGUUCAUCAUAGCUGCCCAUAAAAAGGGAAUCUAUACCCAGAAGAGAACAGACCCCAAAAAAGUCAAAGAAGAUGUGGUGGACUUUGCCCGUUUCAAGUGGCCUUUGCUGUUCUCCAGAUUCUAUGAAGCUUUCAAAUUCUCAGGUCCCAGCCUCCCCAAAAAUGAUGUAAUUGUAGCCGUCAACUGGACAGGAGUGUACUUUGUGGAUGAACAAGAACAGGUCCUUCUGGAACUUUCCUUUCCAGAGAUCACUGCUGUCUCCAGCAGCAGCGGAGGGAAGCUUCAGGGACAAAGCUUCACCUUGGCCACGAUCAAGGGAGAUGAAUACACUUUCACCUCUAACAAUGCAGAGGAUAUCCGAGACCUCGUGGUAACGUUCCUGGAAGGACUGAGGAAAAGAUCUAAAUAUGUGGUCGCACUCCAGGACAACCCAAAUCCUGCGGGUGAAGAAUCUGGCUUUCUUAGCUUCCUCAAAGGAGACUUGAUCAUUCUGGACCAGGACACAGGAGAGAACGUGAUGAACUCUGGCUGGGCUAAUGGGGUUGACGAGAGGACUAAACAGAAAGGGGAUUUUCCAACGGAUUCCGUUUAUGUCCUGCCCACGGCUACCAUGCCUCCUUUGGAGAUUGUGGCAUUGGUUACAAUGACACCAGAUCAGAGGCAGGAUGUCAUAAGGACAGCCCAGCUGGUGAUGUCAGAGAGUGAAGAGAGAAUAAAGCCAUACACCCUGGAAGAAUUCUCCUAUGUUUAUUUUAGGCCUCCUCCCAAGCACACUCUGAGCAGGGUCAUGAUCACCAAGAACCGAGGGAAAGACAAGAUGUGGUCCUACACCCGGGAACCAAUCAAGCAGCCUUUGCUGAAGAAGAUCCUGGGCAGUGAAGAGCUGUCACAAGAAGCCUGCAUGGCAUUCAUUGCCGUCCUGAAGUAUAUGGGUGACUACCCUUCCAAAAGGACCCGCUCAGUGAACGAGCUAACAGACCAAAUAUUUGAAGGGGCCUUGAAAGCAGAGUCACUCAAAGAUGAGAUUUAUUCGCAAAUUCUGAAACAGCUGACCGACAACCAUGUUAAGUACAGUGAAGAGAAAGGCUGGGAGCUCCUUUGGUUGUGCACAGGCCUGUUCCCUCCUAGUAAUGUCCUCCUUCCUCAUGUCCAGCGGUUUGUUCAGUCUCGGAAACAUCACCCGCUCGCCACUGACUGCAUGCAGAGGCUGCAGAAAGCACUGAGGAAUGGAUCCCGGAAGUACCCACCCCAUCUGGUAGAAGUUGAGGCAAUUCAGCACAAAACAACCCAGAUUUUCCAUAAAGUGUAUUUCCCGGAUGACACCGAUGAGGCAUUUGAAGUGGAAUCGGGCACGAAAGCCAAGGACUUCUGCCAGAACAUCUCCAAGAGGCUGCUGCUGAAGUCAUCAGAGGGUUUCAGCCUUUUUGUCAAAAUCUCUGACAAGGUCAUCAGUGUACCUGAAGGGGACUUCUUUUUUGACUUUGUCAGGCACCUGACAGACUGGAUCAAGAAAGCCAGACCAGCAAAAGAUGGGAUAGUGCCUUCUCUUACCUACCAAGUGUUCUUUAUGAAGAAGCUCUGGACAAACACUGUGCCUGGAAAGGAUUCAAUGGCUGACUCCAUCUUCCACUACUAUCAGGAAUUACCAAAGUACCUUCGUGGCUACCAUAAAUGCACUCGAGAGGAAGUCCUCCAACUUGGAGCCCUCAUCUACAGGGUGAAAUUUGAAGACGACAAGUCCUAUUUCCCCACCAUUCCUAAACUCCUCAGGGAACUGGUGCCUGAGUCUCUCAUCCGGCAGCUGUCUCCAGACGACUGGAAGAGGUCCAUCGUGGCCUAUUUCAACAAGCACGCUGGCAAAACGAGAGAAGAAGCCAAGCUUGCCUUCCUCAAAAUUGUAUUCAAGUGGCCUACAUUUGGAUCCGCUUUCUUCGAGGUGAAGCAAACAACUGAUCCAAAUUACCCAGAACUCCUCAUGAUUGCCAUCAACAAGCACGGUGUCAGUCUCAUUGAUCGGAAAACCAAGGAUAUUCUCAUCACUCACCCCUUCACAAAGAUCUCCAACUGGAGCAGCGGCAACACUUAUUUCCACAUCACCAUCGGUAACUUGGUCCGAGGGAGCAAACUGCUCUGCGAGACUUCCCUGGGCUACAAGAUGGACGACCUCUUGACCUCUUAUAUUAGCCAGAUGCUGACAGCGAUGAGCAAACAGCGGAGCACAAAAGGCAGCAAGUGAACUGAGAAGAGGCCUUGGCCAGUGGGCCUGGGAUUGCUCUGUCAGCUGAGGACUGUGGGUUACCCCUGCAGUUGGCGGAAGACCUUCUCCACCCACAUGUGGAAGAUGAGCCGGACUCCUUCAGAAAGCAUGUCAGACUCUGACUCUGAGGAAUGUGGGCUAACAUCCCCUUCAAGUGAGGAUGACUAUCUGUGAGGAGGACAGAGUUUUCAUUACCUGCCUCCCCCUUCCUUUCCUUUGCCCACUCCUCCUUCUGUAUUUAAACCUCAAUGCUGCUUCUUUCAGACUGAGGUACAGCAAAACUCUAGUGUGGUUUUAAUGUGGAACCAAAAUGGCAGGCCUUGCCAAGGGCUCCAGGAAAAGGCUCUGUACUGCUUAUCUUAAUGGCCUUUAAAACACAUGUUGGCAACAAGAUUGAUGGACUCAGGCUCGAGCCAGAGACUUGGGAAGAUUUUAUACAAAUCUAGUGGGUUCUGGGGCUGAGCCUUUUUUGUGAACAAAAGGAAAGCAAAAUACUUAUGUUUGUUUUGAAAAUGCAAUAUCAAAGGCUGAGGAAAAGAACGACCUUUAGCAAAAAGGAAAAAGGUCAAAGCAUGAUAUGAACAAGAUGUAACAGGCACCAAGAAAUGAAGAGCUUAACAGUGCAAUAGCUGGACUUAUUUGCGUGGUUUUUAUGGCUGCUUCGUAUUCCUUUUUAUUUAUUUAACAUAGUGGGGAGAGGUAGAUGGCUUUUCUCAGUUGAUAAGAUGGUAGAGACUAUUUGGAGAAGGUUUUGAACAGCCCCCUCCUUGAGGAAAUUCAGUACAAAGACCUGAUCCUUUGAGGGUAUGUUUUUGCAAAGGCAGAUUUCACAGUGUGCCCUGAUUCUUCUGGUCGAAGGAGAAGACUGAGCUCUGAAAAUAGGAUGCUGUAAACUGGUGUUUCUUUCUAGGUACAUUCUUUAGAGAACUGCCCAGCAUAUUAUGGUACCCCAAAUAACAGAAGGAAAUAGAAUGGAGUUCAGAAUCUGGAAGCAAGAGUUCCAUUCUUGUGCUGAAAUGAACAUGGGCAAAGGCAGUCUCUACUCAAUUCUUCUAAUUUGACUUUCGCAGAGGGGGGACAAUUUGAAUUUCCAGUUAGUUAAUGGAUGCUGUGAGUUUUAGAAUGGGUGUGUGUGUAAAAAGCAUAAUAACACUCAACUACAAGGAGGAAAAUAUUAAGGGUCACAUUUUUAAAAGCAAUACGACAAUUUUUGAGAUGCUACCAAAUUGGCCAUCUGCUCACAAAAGAUAACUAAAAUACCUUGUUCAAGAGACUUGCCCUUAGCAAAGACCCAGGAAGGGUUACAACCUGAAUUUUUUCAUAUUGACCAACUCUGGUCAGCUCCAGUUUCAGUAACUUUGUUAACAAUUAAUUCAACUAGAAUAUUCCCAGCUGGUGGGGAUGGGUGAGAAUUUCAAUUCAAUUCGCAUUUCAAGCAGAAUUUUGCCAUUUCCGAAACAACAUGAGAACUGAAACGCAGCCAUCUUUCGAAAUUCGCAUUUAUUAGAAUUUUGGGAUGCAGUUUGCCAACUAAACGGCAUUUACAAAAAUGCAUGUAUUAGGGGAAAGUGUGCAUAAAAAGGAAUACAUGAGCGAAAAUAAUGUGCAAAAUGAUGAGAAAUGGCUGGCAAAAAAUAUGUACCUUUGUCAAAACUGCCUACAAAAAUGUGUUUAUUUGGAGAAAUUCGCACUGAAAUGGUGGAGGAUUUUCAUGAGGUUUUUUUAAAAAAAAUAU